CGUGCUCUUCUCGUCGACUCAGUCUCCGGUUGAGUGUUUUCGUGGUCGGUCGUCCAUCGUUCUACUGGUACAAUUACUGUGUGUUUGCUCCUGCUGGGUGCUGCGUCUAUGCGGCAUAUUGUACACACCUCAUCAUCCCCAAAACGGUUCCCCCCGGUGGAAAGCACAGCUGAGGCGUUCAACUGCUGGAUGAGUGAUUGCUGAAUCGAUGCCGCGGUGUCAGUGAUAAGGAAACACCUGCCGACCUAGUCAAAGAGUCGUGCUUAGUGAUUUUUGGGGUGUGAUUAGCCACUUUGUGUGUGUCAGCAAAGGGAAAGCUGUUCAAGUGAGCAAUCUGCUUUGGUGAAGAGAGCCAGAAAGAGAGUUAGUAUACAUAUAUUUAUAGCUGGUUAGUGGCUCACACGACCGGAAUACUCAAAGGCCCUCCGCGAAAGUGUGUUUAUCGUGCCGUGCCGAAAAAUGGAUGGCGAUAGUGCUCAAUCGUUCUGCGAGUUCAAACAACAAGUGUCCGCGGUGCCCCAGUACGGCCUCAAGCUCAAGUUCAACCAUGUCUACCCGGAAACGAGGAACCAGAACCUGAAGCCGUCGUUCCGCCAGAUCUGGCCCAUCAUCCCGAUGGCACUAAGGUACAUCCCGUACUACUGGAAGGUGUCACGCGAGGGCCGCCAGGUGCUGAUGGACUACUGGUACACGGAAAACGGGAAGCAGAUUUACGGUGCCCCGAUCGGCGGCAUCGGCGCCGGCACCAUUGGGCGGGGAUUCGCCGGCGAGUUUUGCCGCUUCCAGAUGCGGCCGGGCCUGUACGAGUACAACACGGUGCACGCGAACCAGUUCAUCGUCACCAUCAAAGACGAGAACAAUGUGACCAAUUUCCAGAGUCUGCUUUCUUCGUACAGUCGCCCCAAAACGCCGCUGGCCAGUUGGGAGAGCACCAUCAACUCGUCCAAGUGCAGCUACACGGCGCUGUAUCCGCGGGCCUGGUCCGAGUACGACCUCAGCGAGCACGGCAUCAAGCUGAUUCAGCGGCAGAUUUCGCCGAUCAUACCCCAUGACUACAAGGAAAGCUCGCUGCCGGUGGCCGUCUUCGCGUGGACCGUCGAGAACGUGUGCGGCAAGGAUCGGCACGUGACGAUUACGUUCACGUUCAAGAACGGAACCGGCAAUAAGAAGCAGGAUGCCGAGGGAAACGCGGAAACGGUGGCGUUUGCCCACGGGACGGCCAAGGGAGUCAGUAUUAGGCAGACGAUCGCGGACUUGCCGUGCACUUACUGUGUCGCCUGUAAGACUUCGUCGGAGAUCAACCUGACGCGGUGCGAGAAGUUUGAUCCGAGCGGAAACGGGGAGAAGCUGUGGAAUGAUUUGAAGGAGAAUGGCCACCUGACGGAGAAGUCCGGCGACGAGAGUAUGAAGACUAAAGACGUCGCCGUAGCGGUCAGCGCACAAAUUCUGGUUCCUUCCGAGUCCAGCUCGGAGCUGGAGUUCUCGCUGGUGUGGGACAUGCCAAAGAUUCACUUUACCAAAAAGAUGAAAGAGUACUACAAGUACUACACCAAAUAUUUCGGCAAAAACGGCGAUGCCGGGCCCGUGAUCUCGGACUAUGCGCUGCGCAACUACGGCAAGUGGGAGUCACUGAUAGACGAGUGGCAGCGGCCCAUUCUGGAUGAUAGUGACCUUCCCGACUGGUACAAGAGUGCCAUCUUCAACGAGCUGUACUUUAUCGCGGACGGUGGCAGCAUUUGGCUGGCCGUGGACGACACCACCCUUCCGUACGAUGAUCCCAGAUUGGCCUACGGUCGCUACGCGUACCUCGAAGGGCACGAGUAUCGUAUGUACAAUACGUACGACGUUCAUUUCUAUGCGUCGCACGCGCUGGCCAGCUUGUGGCCGAAUCUACAAGUCAGCUUACAGUACGACUACAAGGAUGCUGUACAACGGGAGAUAACCGAGGGACGGAAGCAUCUCUACGACGGGAAGGUCAUUCCGCGGAAGAUUAAAAGUUCCGUGCCGCACGACCUUGGUGAUCCUGACGAGGAACCGUUCGAGCUGAUCAACGCGUACCCGAUCCACGACGUGUCCGAGUGGAAGGAUCUGAACACCAAGUUCAUCCUGCAGGUGUACCGCGACUACUACACGCUCAACCACUACGCCCAGCUGAACGCGGACAAUGCGAGCAAGUUCAGCUCGAUCGAGUUCAUCGACAAGGAGAGCAUGUUCGAGAUGUACGUGCAGGACAACCGCAACAAGGUCUCGCCCGAGGAGAAGGCCCAGAACCGGAAGUCGGCGUCGAUGUACAUUAACGAGACGAAUGGGAAGGUUUACUUGAUGGACGCGAUGACCUACUUGAAAAGCAUGUAUCCGGCCUGCAAGCAGGUGCUGGAGAAGACCCUCGAGUGGGACAAGGAUAACGAUGGGCUGAUCGAGAACAGCAAGUCGCCGGAUCAAACGUACGACACGUGGGUCAUGGACGGGCCGAGCUCGUACUGUGGUGGGCUGUGGUUGGCCAGUCUACACUGCAUGUCGGUUAUGGCGAACUUGCUGGAUCAGUCCGAGGAUUGCAUUAAAUAUCGUGAAAUUUUGGAAAAAGGCAAAGCCUCGUUCGAGGAGAAGCUAUGGAAUGGGUCGUACUACAAGUUUGACAGCCAGAGCACUUCCAAGAACUCGAUCAUGUCCGACCAGCUGUGUGGCCACUGGUAUCUACGCUGCUGCGGGUUCGAUUAUGACAUCGUCCCGAAAGAAAACGUCCGAACGGCUCUGAAGACCAUCUACGACAACAACGUGAUGCGGUUCUGCGGAGGCAACAUGGGCGCCGUCAACGGGUACAUCCCGAGCAGUCAGCCCAACAAGGACGGCCGAGCGGACAGCUCUACCCUGCAAGCCGAAGAGGUGUGGACCGGGGUGACGUACGCCCUGGCCUCGACCAUGAUUCACGAGGGCAUGUUUACGGAAGCGUUCCAGACGGCCGGAGGCCUCUACCAAACGCUUUCGGAGAAGAUUGGCAUGAGCUUCGAAACGCCGGAAGCGCUGUACGCGGAACGGCACUACCGAGCCAUCGGCUACAUGAGACCGCUCAGUAUUUGGUCAAUGCAAACCGCUUGGGAACAAAAGAAACAAAAUAGGGACUAAGUAUUUGUGUUUGUGAUGUUGUGCGUGUGAAUGUUUACAUCUUUUUGUGCAAUAGUGUUGGAAUUCAAGCGAAAGGAGCUAGCUAAUGCCAUUUUA